GUGUGUGUGUGCGUGUGGAGGAUUAACAUUUUUUUAACACCAAAAAGCCGAGUUCUAACUGAAGAAGAGAUGAAGACGCUGCACUUGGCUCUGAUUCUGCUCUCGCUGUCCGGUGUUCUCACUCAGUACAGUGGAUGGGAUGUGAAAUAUACGGAGAAGUCGAUCUGUGCUGUGAGAGGAUUCAGUGUCUCCAUUCCCUGUAGUUAUUAUUAUGCAACAUCAAAUCCCAUUCAAGUGACACAAAGGCUUUGGUGCUCAAAUCAUGCAAACACAAAAGGGUGUACAGACAAAUUGUAUGUUUAUGACAGCACAUCAAAAACCAAGUCAGACUUCAAGUACGUUGGAGACGUCAAAUCAAACUGCACUUUGUUAAUCCACAAUGUACAGUUCAGUUAUUCUGGAACGUACAAAUUCAGAUUUAUAACUAAUGCACCCAAUGGCAGUUGGACAGGCGAACCUGGAGUGACUCUACAAGUAGGAGAUUUAAAGGUGUCAUUAAUCAGGCUCAGUGGAAACGGAACCCUUAAACAAGGAGACUCGUUAAAUCUGACGUGUGAUGUGAACUGCACACACAGUUCCUCACAGUUUGUGUGGUCUAAGAACAACGAGCAGUUAAAUCCAUCAGGACCCGUUCUUCACUUUCCUGCUCUAACCGUGAGGGAUUCUGGGAAUUACACCUGCACUUGGAAAACCAAGGAGACGUCAGGAUCUAAAACCAUCAGCCUUCAGGUCGAGGGUAAAAAAGUCACAACUGGCCAUUGUUUAAUCUGGAUCAGUGUUUUAGUGACAGCUGGAGUGAUUUUUAUUGUCUUAAUCUUAUUCCUCUUAGAAGCUGUGAUUUACAACCGGAGACGUGUCCACACUGAGCAGCUGAAGGAGGAUGAUUCAGACAUCUACACCACAGUACAGUACAAUACAUUCACCAUGAACUGAUCCCACUUUCACACCUCAGUUACUUCAUCCCAGAUUUCUGUAUGUGAAUUUCACCUGAGAGCAGAAAGACACCAGAUCCUUAUCUCUCUAGAGCUCGAUCAUAAACUGUUCAUAAACACAUUUACGAUGAAUUAAUAAACCUAUUUUUUUCUCAUUCAACUUUUUCCAUCAAAAUGUUGAAUAUUUCCUUAAAACAGUAUGUUUUUCCUUUUCGCGAAAUUAAAGUG